GGUGGCUGCCGGCUUCCGGUUCCGCUUGCCGCGGCGUCGUUGGCGUCCUGUCAGGUCGGGGCCGUCGCGGACUGGAGCGGGUCUGGAUAGCAGCGGGCGGAAGGCGCAGCCAUGCCCCGCUAUUACGAGGACAAGCCGGAGGGCGGCGCGUGCGCGGGCUUGAAGGAGGACCUCGGCGCGUGCCUGCUGCAGUCGGACUGCGUGCUCCAGGAAGGAAAAUCCCCUCGGCAGUGUCUGAAGGAAGGAAACUGCAAAGCUUUGAAAUACUCAUUUUUUGAGUGUAAAAGAUCAGUGUUGGAUGCCAGAUCAAGAUUCAGGGGAAGAAAAGGAUAUUGACACUACUAUGUUGAAACCAAGAUGAAAACAACAAAGGAUUUUCUCUGUCAUUAAAACAGAGAAGCCAAAAUAAGAAACAUACUUUUUGUUACAUCUGUUCGGUUGGAGCAGUUUCUUCCCCCAUGGAACACUGAAGAAAAUGGAUGAGUAUGUAUAAAGUAAAUGCUUCUCUUGCUCUAAGUUAUUUUUAGAAGAAAAAUUUAAUUGAAUAGUUAUGAGCUAAGAACAUAGUAGAUGUGUUUUAAGAAUUGUUCUGAAGCACAGAGAGUGGAAAGCUUGUUAUUUUCAAACUUGACUCCUCAACCAAAUGACACAGUUUGUACAUCCUUCUUGAAUAUUGUGAAGGCCACUAAUGGGACUGUUAAAAUCAGCAUGGUGCCUGGUGAGAAAAUGUCUGUCUGGAAAGUUUAGGACAAAACUUUCUUUUAUUCAGUCUGUACUAUUUAGUUCUAAAAUAAAUUGUGUUUGAUUCCUUGGAGAAGAAAUGCUUCCCUUGCACUGAAUCACUGAAGUAACAACCUCAAAACAUUAAUAUCACUCAUCAGGCAUAGCUGGAUCCAAAGCCUGGGAUUAUGCUGCCAGGGCUCCUUGCCUCCAUCUCUUGACUGUUUUUCUCUGUUUCCUGACCUCGUUUUUAGGCUGGCCCUCUCUACAUAAUGGGAAAGAGGCCAGUGUCCACCAAAAACACACAUCCUUAAGGUCUGUGACUGAAAAAGAAGAGAGAGAACCUCCUUUUCUAGGGUCCACUAAUCAGACCCUACAAAAGGACUCUUGUCUUCUGUGGAACACCUGCCCCUGAAUUAGACCUGUAGUCCCUGUGGAAAAAGGGAUGGGACCCCAUGAUCUUGGCCAGGCCUGGGUCUUAUGCACUGUAUUUGGUAACUCAUGUCAGAAUCACAUUGAAUGAAUGAUGGGCUUUAUCCUAAAAGGAAAGAAGGAUUCAGAACCAGUAGGUAUUGACUAUAGAAGGCAAGACUGAAAACCAUAAAAUGCUUGUAAAAGUUUAGAAUCAUGUAAUUUUAUUCCGAUCAUAUAAUACAGUAGAGCCAGAUAUGAAUCCAAGUUUCCAGCUUUUUUUUUCAGUAUUGAAGAAUAAUGGAAGGAGCCAUAACUUCUUCAUAGAGCUGCAGUUCACUGGAGUUAAAGCAAUCAAGGUAUUCUGUAGCUCAUUUGCUUUCUUCAGGGUUCACCUAAAGUUGUGAGAAUUCCACAUCAGCACUGAUCCUUGUUGCAGAAAUUCACUGAGGUCUGUUGCAUAUACUAUUAACUGGGAAAGGGAAAAUGAUGGAUUUUUUCAAUACCUCUUGUAUACCUGUUUAAGUGCUACAACUUUUAUUAAAAGUUAAGUUUGAUAAGAAACUCAAAUUAUUUUAUAGAACCCUAUCUUUUUCUUAGUCACAGCUUUAUUGAGAGCUUCAUUGGGAGAAAUUCAAAUACCAUAAAAUUCACCCUUAAAGUAUACAA